AUGGUGGGGCAGAGCCCCUUGAGCCCCAGCGAGAGCGGGACCGCCGUCCUCCUGGAGCCCUUCGUCCAUCAGGUGGGCGGCCACAUGAGCAUGAUGAAGUACGAUGAGCACACGGUCUGCAAGCCCUUGGUCUCGCAGGAGCUGAGCUUCUACGAGUCGCUGCCCUUGGCCAUGAGGCAGUUCACACCCCAGUACAAAGGCAUCGUUUCCGUGCAUCUCAAGAAGGACAGCCUGGGCAACCUGACCCUGAUCGCCAGCCCCAGCCUGCAGACGGAGAGCCGUGGCCGGCUGGAUAAUGCCAUCGGUGACUCCUCGGUGACAAUAUGGCACAAAUGCAAGUGGGCUGCCAGCACCGGCACCGGCAGCGAGCACGCACUCGUCACGUGGAGUCACACGCAGCUCACCAAGACCUUCAAAGACAGCUGCCCGGGGAAGAUGCUAUUGAGGACAGAUCUUCAGUACCACACAGAUUCACUUUUAGAAGAGGCAAACCGAAACCAGCCGGAAAGAAACAGCUACAACCCCUGGGGACUGCACUGUCACAGGCAGCACCUGAACCGCAUGUCAUCCAAGCAUAAUGAGAACAAACUUCAUCAAUUUCUAUUGCUUGAAAAUGUGGUAUCAAAAUACAGCUAUCCCUGCAUCCUGGACUUAAAGAUGGGAACCCGGCAGCAUGGCGAUGAUGCCUCGGAGGAGAAGAAAGCCCGGCACAUCAAGAAGUGCGAACAAAGCACCUCUGCCUCUCUGGGUGUUCGCAUCUGUGGGAUGCAGGUUUACCAAGCGGACACUGGCUAUUUUCUCUGCAAAGAUAAGUAUUACGGCAGGAAACUCUCACCGGAGGGGUUCAGGCAAACCUUGCGCCAGUUCCUGUGCAACGGUAACUACCUCCGAACAGAUCUCCUGGAGCCCAUCAUCCUGCGACUAAAAGCUCUGCUUUCUGUCAUUAGGAAGCAAAGCUCUUACAGGUUCUACUCCAGCUCACUUCUCAUCAUUUAUGAUGGACAGGAGCACAAGGAGAACACGGCACCCUUGGAUAAUCACCUGCACUUCCAAAAAACAAACUGCACCACGUCACAUGGCACUAAUCACUCCAGAGUUGAUGUCCGCAUGAUAGACUUUGCCCACACCACUUUCAAAGGCUCCAAAAGCAAUCACACCACUUACGAUGGGCCAGACCACGGCUAUAUUUUUGGCCUGGAGAAUCUCAUCAAAAUCCUUCAGAAUAUCUCAGAAGGAAAAUGACAAAUUCUGUGAAAUAGCCUGGAUUUACUAGUGACCGAUAGCUCUGAAAAGUACCGCAUUGGGUCAGUUGUAUGGGACCCUCACAGCUGCCGGAUGUCACGUGCACGGUUUGGAAUGAGAGCAUGGACAGCUUGCUAGGAAAGUGCAAAAAACGCUACGUGCCAUUACUGAACUCAAGCGUAAAAAGCAAAGAGCUGAAAGAAUCUGUUCUGCCUGCAAUCAAUCAGAAGAUUUAUUUUCCUUUCUUGUUUUACUGCUGUCCUCGAUUUAUUUGAGAGCCAAAAGAAAGCAUUACUUGAAAGAGUCUUAAUGAU